AUGGCAAAUGUUGCGAACUCCAAGGCUUACCACGAGAUGAAGCCGGUGAACGAGUUGGCCUUGGAGCAAGGAGAGCCUUUGAAGGAAGUGAUCGUGGCAGAAGCGACACCCAGCUACUUUGAGAAGAUGUUGGGAGCAGGUGAGGAGCCACCACCACAGCUCUCCCUGUACUACAGCAGCUUCAGUUUCCUUGGGGCUUUCGUGGGAAUGAGCGCCAUCGGCUUGCUGCACACCUAUGUGAUGAUGCCAGAAGCCAACAUGGCACUCUUGGUGGGCUCCUUUGGUGCGAUGUCCGUGAUUCUUUUCAGCGGAUUCAAGACUCCAGUGGCACAGCCCAAGAAUGUGAUCAUUGGCAACACCAUUGGUGGACUCGUUGGUGUGGUAGUCUUCGAAUCCAUGGCUUUGCUAGGCCUUCAACAGAUGCUGUGGCUGGGCGCUGCACUUGCAGUCUCCCUCACGAUCGUGGCGCAAGAGAUCACUGGCACCGUCCAUCCCCCAGGGGGUGCCACUGCCUUGAUUUACGUGAUCACACCUCCCGUCCAGCAUUUGAGGUAUUGGUUUGUUCUUUGCCCCUCCUUUCUGGGUGCAGUCAUUAUGGUGGCCGUGGCCUGUGUGACCAACAACUUGUCUUCUGACCGGGUCUACCCUCAGUACUGGUGGCCUUCUGCAGAAGAAGCACAUGUCUUGCCUGGCAAAGUCGCCUUCCAAGUUCUCCUGCGUGAGGCGAAACCACUUCCUGCUGCUUUCCCUCCCCUUGCUCAAACCUGGUGCAGUUUCUUGGGCGCCUUUGUUGGUGUGGCCACACUGGGAUUGCUGCAUACUCUGCUGAUUGGAGCCUUUGGUGCCAUGUCGGUCAUCAUCUUCUCCGCUUGGAAAGUGCCCUUUGCUCAGCCGAAGAAUGCGAUCAUCGGCAACACCUUGGGCGGACUGGUGGGCGUCUGUGUCUACAACUUUCUGCAGGCCUUUGGUUUGGGACAACAUGUCUGGUUUGGUGCAGCGCUCGCUGUGGCUUUGACCAUCCUGGUCCAGGAGAUCACCAACACCGUGCAUCCCCCUGGCGGUGCGACGGCUCUUCUCUUCGAGAUCGUGCCAAUGCUUCACAAGUUCGAGUUCAUGUAUGUGCUGACACCAUCCUUCCUGGGCACCGUGAUUCUGGUGCUCAUCGGCUGCAUCACCAACAACCUGGUGGCCAAGCGUCACUAUCCCCAAUUUUGGUUCCCCUUUUAG